UGUUUAUUGUUCUUCUGCUUGGUUUUAUUAAUAGUGGUAAUUGUUUUUUAAUCGAGACAGCCGUCAUUGGUACCGCUUCUUUUUUAGGUUAUACGCUUCGCUGCAACUUCAUGGAAUGUUGCAACGAUCAAUAUAUACCCCUGUACACUUAUAAUAAGCUAAAAUCAGACUUAUCUAAUAAAUUAUAUGGUCAGCACAUUGCAAGAGAUAUAAUUUAUAGCGCAGUUCAUAGUCAUGUUCAUCUCGAUCACCCAAGGAAACCGUUAGUCCUUAGUCUUCAUGGUUUACCUGGCAGUGGAAAGAACUACAUCGCUACCAUGAUAGCCAAUGCACUAUUUAAAAAGGGAGAAAAAAGUAAAUUUUUUCACUUUUUCAAUGGUAGAAACGAUUUUCCCCGAGACAAACAUGUCGAGGAAUAUAAGAUUACUCUCCAUUUUAAAAUAGAACAAGCUCUAAGCCAAUGUGAAAGAUCGUUAUUCAUUUUUGAUGAGGUGGACAAAAUGCCAGCUGGAAUUUUAGAUGUGCUAGUGCCUUUCAUUGAUUACACAAGUUGGAAAGACAGGUACAAAGCAAAGGCUAUUUUCAUUUUUUUAUCAAAUACAGGAAGUGAACAAAUAGUUCAAAAGAUGAUAAGUUUGUGGAAAAGUGGGGUCAGUCGUGAAGAAACGACAAUUCGUGACUUUGAACCUCUGAUAACGAUUGGCGCAUUUAAUGAAGAGGGAGGGCUUCAUAAAAGUGGCACCAUUGAGUCUAAAUUGAUAGACCAUCACAUACCUUUUCUCCCAAUGGAAGAAAAGCAUCUUAUCGAAUGCAUUAAAGAUGUCUUUAGUCAUUUUGGUGUGUUGAAGCCAUCAAACAAAAUGAUUUCCGACGUUUUACUUCAUGUGUCAUUUGGACCCGAACCUUAUAAUUUGUAUUCAACAGCUGGUUGCAAGAGAUUAGACCACAAAGUUUCUUCUAUCGUUUACAAAGAUGAAUUUCAGGAAAAUUUUUGAAGUAUACACAUCAAUUUAUUUCCAUUAGUUGAAAAAAAAAAAAAUACAUCACACAAAUCUGGGCCUACACGUUCAUUUUUAUGAUACGGUAUAGCUUAUAAAUCAUUUAAAUUAAUUAAUAUGAGAAUUUUGCAAAAGGUUUAACUGAUACGAGCCCUGAGGACAAUUAAUAUUUUAUAAAAGUUUGAAAAAAUGCACGCAUCUUGUUAGAAGCUUUUGGAUUGCAAUAAAUUUUUUUGAACAGGGAGUUACAAACUAAUUUAUUAGAUAACAAUAAAUGAAGAUCUGAUGAAAUUCUGCAGUAAUUGCGUCAAUAAACUGUAACAAAACAGUGAAGUUUAUCAUAUUUAUGAUAGAUGGUAAUUGUACAAUGAUGUUUGAAAGCGUUUAUGUUUAAUGUUUAUGAUAGUCAUUCAUAUUUACAAAAGCAGUAUCAUUAUAAAUUAAUGCCGUGCGUAGAUUUUUACUUGCGUUUGAAAUUUUUUACACAUGUGCAAAGAAAAAAAUUAUGCCCAUGCUAUGUACUAAAUUCAAUUGUAACUUAUACAUUUACGAAAAUUCUCAAGAGAA